AUGGUCAACCUAUGUUUAGCCAAUAUGACUCCAUACAUAUACAGUUACGUGAGAGCUCGAGUGGACCCGAAUGCAGAUAAAAAGCUUACAAUCUGGUUAUCGGCGAUCGCGCUGGUUAUGCAGGGCGUUAUGAUGCCCAUUGGUGGCCUUGUUUCUCAGAAAAUUGGUUUCCGUCCGGUCGUUGGAAUUUCGUGCGUAGUUCAUAGUGGAUCCGUACUGCUGACAUACGUUACCGUUUUGAGGUCCUACACAGGAGUCAUUUUGACCUACGCACUAGUUCAAGGUGCUGGGUUUGGAUUUGGUUACUCCGUAAUUUUUGGUGUGGCGACUGGAUGGUUUCCAACCCGGCGCCCACUAAUAUUUGGACUGGUUGUUGGUGGUUUCGGUUUGGGUGCUCUGAUCUUCACUCCAAUACAAAUGUCUUUCAUCAACCCGGAUAAUAUCCCCACGGUUAACGGCUCAUCAGCAGUGUAUCCCAUGUCUCCAUGUAUCCAGUGUUUAUCCCAUGGGUGUGAACAUUUGAUGUGCGAGGUGAGCGUGUUACCAAUGAGUCACCAGCGCACAUUGGACUCACCCGAAUUUUUAUGUCUGAACAGCAAUCUGUUGGACCACGUUGAGUUACGCGCAAACUCCGAAAGUCAAAUCGUUCAAAUGGAGGUUUAUCUACAAAUGCGGUACUAUAAAUACAAUAGUAAAAUAAUAAAACUGUACAAACCUGAAAUCAACUGCUUAUUACUAACGGACCCCAAAGUCCACACCGACUCAAAGCCACGUGUUUACAAGAUAGCGAAACAACAUAUUGACUUAAACAACACGUCCGAUGACAAGGUCAAAGAACGGUUUAUGUUCAGGAGAUUCGUGGACGACAGUGUGCUCAACCGCCUACCGAAAUGCUUUCUACUCUGUGGUGGAGUUCUGCUGGGGAUACAAAUAAUCGGGUUUUGUUUAAUGCAACAGAGACCUUCAAAGGUGAGAUCAACACUCAUGCAUGACAUAAAACCCGGAGAAGAAGAAGAAAUAAGGGUCGAGGAAGAAGAAAUUGAAAAUAUUUCUACCUCCUAUGGCUUAUUCUGCUAUUUGCGGCCAUUCCAAUCACCAUUAUCGCAUCCGCAUAUAAGGCAAGUGUCCAGCUGCGACAACACAUCCUUUCUUAUCGCCUUGUCCACCAAAUGCAUUUUCACUAGCCGUCAGACCCUUUAUCUUUCUCGACUACAGCUAUUCGGACAAGCUUACAUCACCGAUGAUCGUUUUCUGUCCGCUGUUGCAACCGUUUCGUCUGCGUUCAACUCGGGUGGUAGAAUCUUUUGGGGUUUAGUCGUCGACAAGUUUUCAUUCAAGCUCCCUCUGUGCAUCUUACUGUCGAUUUGGGCAGUGGUCCUGGUCACUUUUCCCCAUUUAUAUCUUGCCGGCGGAACAGCCCUCCGAAUUCUUUAUGUCAUUUGGGUUUGCCUACUGUGGUUCAGUUUGAGCGGUGUGUUAACCAUCAUACCGUCCGCAACGGCUAUACUAUUUGGUCAGAAGAACGUUGCGACAAACUAUGGAGUCGUGUACAGUGCAUUCUCUUUUGGGAGCUUGUUGUGUGGCAUUUUCCAAACGUUUCUUCCGGAGCAGCCUUACGUAGUUCAGUUCUCAACGUGUUUUGUUCUGGUAACUGGA